UUGCAGCAGGCACAUGCAUGAAUGCUCUUGGACUCAUCAGAAGAGAAACCCAAGACAGCAUGGGCCCUUCAGACCCAGCUAAUAUCACCAGUGAUAUUCCCAAUAGAGAAGGAGAACAUAUCUACUGGCACCAGAACAGCCUGGGCAAUGACAGCAUGGAUUCUUAUAAACCUGUCUUUGUGGAUGACAUUACCAAGCAUCUAAGUGUUCAGAUAGCCCUUAUAACUGCUUAUUCACUUAUAAUAAUCCUGGGCCUGGUUGGUAAUACACUAGUUAUUUACAUGAUCAUUAUAUACAAAAAUAUGCGUACCGUUACUAAUUACUUCAUUGCCAACCUUGCAUUAGCUGACCUCAUGGUAGACACCAUGUGCUUACCCUUCACCUUGGCAUACACUCUACUGGAUGAGUGGAAGUUCGGGGCAGUGAUGUGUCACAUGGUGCCUUACGCCCAAGCUCUCAGUGUCCACGUGUCUAUUCUGACACUCACAGUGAUUGCUCUUGAGCGCUAUAGAUGCAUUGUGUUUCACAUGGGCCAGCGUCUCUCUAGGUGCACAAGUUUUAUCAUCAUCAGUCUAACUUGGGCUUUCGCGGCCGUUCUUGCUGGACCUUUAGCUAUUUUUCGGGAGUACCGCUAUGAGGAGAUUGCCUACAUUAACUUACGGAUUGCUGUAUGCUCUGAGAAAUGGCCCCAUGGGACUAACCGAGAUGCCAUCAUAUACAGUUUCUCCAUGCUUGUGCUGCAGUAUGUGCUUCCGCUUGGCAUUAUCAGCUAUGCUUAUGUGUGCAUCUGGGUCAAACUGAAAAACCAUGUCAGCCCAUCCAACCGCAAUGAUGGCAUCAAUCGUCGCAAGAAGACUACCAAGAUGCUGGCCCUGGUGGUUGUAGUCUUCGCAGUGUGUUGGCUUCCUUUCCAUGUGUUCCAGUUGGCAAGUGAUCUUGACCUGGUCCUCAAGUUUAAAGAAUACAAGCUUAUUUAUACUCUGUUUCACAUAGUGGCCAUGUGCUCAACUUUCACCAAUCCAUUGCUGUAUGGAUGGAUGAACAAGAAUUACAGGAAUGGCUUCAUCAUGUUCUUCCGCUGUGAGCACAAACCGGACACCAUCCAUCCUGAGGGUUCUUUCCGAACUCGAACCCUGAGAGGUUUGAUCUUGUACAAUGAUGGACAACCUGCCACUGCUGUCUGAACCCAGCCAGAACUGACAGCACUUUUAAUGAUUAAGUUCGAUGUGAAUAAUAUACUGUAUAUAUGGGAAUUGUUUUAGAGGUAUUCAAAUGUGUAAACAGUUUGCAUGCUGUAUAUUGUAUAAAUACUUACUUUUGAUGAUGAUAUUUUGUAUUCAGCAUCUAUCAGUUCUAUCUGUGGUUUGUAAAACUGGUGUAUACUGUGUCUGAAUAGUGUUAAGCCAAAAAUGAAAGUAAUUAAAAAAUUAUUUUCUCAUGUCACAAAUAAAUCAACUGUGUAAUUCAGCUUGGCAGUUCACCUAAAUCACAACAACCCCUUUCUGCAUGUGUGUUUUAUGCAAUGUUGCAUUUUUAUGGCACUGAAACUAAGAAAAACACAUUGUCCAGCACAACCAAUGCAGCUAUAAUCUCACUUAACAACAGCUGCGUCUGUAUCUGUAUACUGUUUUCUGAACUGACAGCUGAUUCUUGGGGUGAAGAAAAAGCAAACAAUAAUGAACAACAUACUGAUCACAAUAUGUCAGAAUAAUGACAAAUAAAACAAAUGCCUUAUUAUAGUUUUGCAAUGUCCUGGAUUUUGACACCUGUAAACUGAUAUA